UGUGUGAAGAGAGCAGCUAUGAAAGACCACAGUAAUGUUACGCCAGUAAGAGCAACGCCGUCUGUCUUCGAAUUGCGGAAGCGAAUUUCAAAGGAAUUAGUAAAAUCGAGAACGCUUGAGAAGUACAACGCCACCUAUUAUCAAAUAGCGGAAACACAUGUCGAAACUACUCGACCUGUCAGGAAUGUUCUCGAUAAUUCUAGUGAUAUCAUAACGACUAUAAAAGCGUUGCAGAGAUGAUACGAAGGCAAUUAGUAAUCGGAUCUACUCGAAGCGAAACAGCGAACGGAUCACGUGAAGCGAAGCGGUAGAAGUGAAUUGAGAAUUUUAAAGUGUUUGUUAAAUGUUUCAAGUUAAAUAGUUUUAAUUUGUACUUCAGUGGAAGUUUCAUUUAUCUCUAACUCCAGCGCGUAACAAUAUUAAGAAAACGCAAUAUUACCCGAUAGCUGUAACUUCAAUGUACAAGUUAUGUUAUUGGAGAUGGGUGAAUUAUUACACGGCCUACCCGGUGUUAUAAGUAAACUGCUGAAGCACGGUGUAUAACAGCUGUGACACAAACAAACAAACAUAACUCCCGCCUGGCUACACAGUCGAGGAAGUCGAAAUACCAGUGCCCUGGGGUCACGUCGCCGGCCGUUGGUGGGGACCGCGGAACAUACAGCCCAUGAUCGCGAUCCACGGCUGGCAGGACAACGCCGGAACUUGGGACAACCUCAUUCCCUUGUUACCGGUUAACACCUCGGUCCUCUGCAUAGACUUGCCGGGUCACGGCCACUCCUCUCACUACCCCAAAGGUAUGAUUUACUACGUUUUCUGGGACGGAAUCGUUUUGAUCCGACGAAUCGUGAAGCACUUCAAAUGGGAGAAGGUACAGUUGAUGGGACAUUCCCUGGGCGGCGCCCUGAGCUUCAUGUACGCGGCCUCGUUUCCCGACGAUGUCGAUAAGAUUAUAUGCAUCGAUAUCGCGAGUCCGGCUGUAAGGGAACCGUCUAAUAUGGUCAAAACAGCCGGAUGGGGUAUGGACAAGCUGCUCGAGUAUGAAACAUUGAAGGAAGAUAAGAUACCGUGUUACGAAUACGAGGAAAUGAUAGAUAUAGUAUGCGAUGCGUACAAAGGAUCCGUUUCGAAGCGUAACUGCCGCGUGCUGAUGAGACGGGGCAUGAUGCCGACCCCGGCGCAUAUGAACAAGAAGGGUUACUUCUUCAAAAGGGAUCCGCGCUUGAAAGUGGCAGGGUUGGCGAUGAUGUCGAUCGAGACCGCUUUAGAGUUCGCCGGCAAGGUCAAGUGCAAAGUGCUGAAUUUGAGGGCGUUGCCCGGCCAGGGCUGGGAGAGGCUAGAUUAUUACAUGAAGGUAGUUGAAAAAUUGAGAGAAACCACCGAUGUCCAGUACGUCGAGGUGCAGGGAACGCAUCACGUUCAAUUAGAAUCGCCCGAAAACAUCGUUGAACUCAUAGAAGAGUUCUUAGAGCUUUAUUAAAAAGCGAUUGACUCGCGCUAAAUAUCUCAUUAAUGUGAUACGAAUUGUGAUUUUACGUACGCUGUAGUUAACAGUUAAUAGCUUAUUUUAUGCAAGCUGUAAAUUAGAGUAAUUAUUACUCGUUUAUAGUUUAGCUUGUUGGCAUCCGAAUUGGAGCUAAAAGUAACGACAUGUGUUUUGAUUGUAGUUUUGAUAUUUAUUCAAGAAAUAAUAUAAUAUAACAUAAAUGUUAUGCGCAUAAAUAUAUAAAUAAUGUACUUUUGUGUAAAUAUGUUGUACUUUGAGAGUGACUACAUGAUGAUACUAAAUAAGGUAUUUACAAAUAAAAUGAUUACAUACUUUUAAACGACAAAAGAAAAUAUGUUUCGGAUGAAUUAAAAUAAUUUUAGUAGCACAGCAUUAGAUUAGUAGACGUUCUGAAGUUGUCAUGUCAAGCAACCGUGUCGGGAUUCAAAUCCUGGAGAGUGAUACAUUUUUUUCCAAGGAAGGAUAUCAUUAAGGAAUCAAAUCGUGGAAUAAAAAUCACAUUGUAGUCGUAUUCUGAACUCGUAACUAUAGGUACACUAUUUACUUCAUCAUGCAUGCAUUUAAUGCAUCAUGAAUCACUCAUCAAUUCAACAAAAUCAAGAGUGCGAUCCCACGACUCAAGCAUGGUGACGGAAUGAUAAUGUCUGAUGUCUAUGGGCCAUAACCACUCGACAUCCAAAUGGGCAGUAAGUUCUUUAACAGUGUGCUUAGUGCGACUUUUUUAACGUUCUCCGAUAGCGUAAAUGCUAAUUCAAAUUUGUAUGCCGUUGAAACAACGGCCAACGUUCCAAUUCCAUACAAAUUUGAGUUAACUUUUACGCUAUCGAGAAAGUUAAAAAACUCGCAUUAAGGACACCGGACACGGAUUGGAAGGAGGUAGUUUGAGAAUUUAUAAUGCAAUUUUUUAUGGGAAAAUGUUGUAAGAUUCGGAGUACUUUAUCGUAAUCUUGUACGUCGGUCGCUGGUAAUUAGCAACGCGUUACAAAGUCUACAACCCGUUUGUUAUCAUAUCGCACCUUUAGGAUUGAAGUAGCUUAAUCCAAAAUUCUUGUUUUUUUUUUUGUAAACGUCUAAAAUGUAAUUAAAGAAUUGUAAUUUUAUAGUUUCGAUUUUAAAGCGCGCAUACCUUAUAGUUUAAGUUAAGACGGAAAGUGAAUUAUGUCCUUUUGUAGGCAAAAAUUAAAAUGUUUAACUUGGAAUUUAAAAAAUUUCAUUUUGUUAACUUAUAGAACACAUGUUUGUUGAUAAGUCGUUCGAAGUAUAAAACUCAUUUUCUUAAAACUUUUAGUUACGCCACUUCAAUUCAAUAUUUUUUUUCCUACCUAUGCUGAUAGCCUUGAGAGGCUAUUUCAGCUUCACCUCAACAUGUAGGUGAGCUCACGGGGCUCAAACCGGAAGUGUUGCUAAUACUGGCCCAAGCAAGAGCAGCGCUUCGCAGAAUCUACCACCGGUACGGCAACGCGCCCCACUGAGAAGAUCCGGCGAGAAACUCAGCGGGCUGUGUCUAUGGGUUAAUUUACUCGUCGAGCCCUUCGUCGCAAGGAUUCGACGAGAACGGUGACUGGGCAAUUCUAAAUGUGCAAUAUCGUUUAGAUACAGUGCUAGCGUAUAGUGCUCUAGAUGUCACUACGGGGUGAGUUAGGUUUAAAUUAAUUGACCCAGUGAACGUGACCAAUGAUUAAAAGAAACGACUGUUUUCAUUACUUUAAAUCGAAUACGCUGAAUCACAGCUCAUUAUGUAUGCUUGAAGUGCACUACCGUUAAUACUGCGUCGUUGAAAUUGAAAUUUCUGGCCAAUGUCACGUAAAGAAAAGUCUUUGUUUUAAUAUUAUAUUCAGGUUGAUGGUUUAAGAAAACUGUGAUUUUGCUCGUAAAGGAGCUUGCUCGAGGCAGUGAUUUGAGUGUUAGCCAUAUUCGGAUAAUUACUUUUGUAUGUUACAUAGAAUUUAGUAAUUGAUCAUGCUGCAUAUAAUAACAAAAGUAUCCUAAAUUCCGCCAUUUUAAAAUCGUUGUUGGGUAGUAAGUAUUCAUUCGUAAGUAGUUGCGGUUCGUAAUAGGUUAGAAUUUUACGUACGUAUUUCAAUUUGGAAUUGAAAAAGAAAAAGGUAAGUGGUUACUAUAUAGUGAGUAUAAUGUGUAUUGUCCGCGCGCGAGCUCCGUGGAUUUUUAAGGAAUGUUACGUAAUGAGCUAGUGUUGUAAUUAGUCGAUAUAGCGCUAUCGAUACUAACACAUCUUAAGCCUCCGUGCGAGUGUAAAUUAUAAAAUAGUUAUAUGAGGGUAUUAUGUACUUGAAAAAAAAAAAAAAACAAUUGAUCACGUAUGAAUUUCAUUUAAUGAACUGAUUUUUAUUGAACAAAAUGAACGUGAAAUCUUCUUAAUAACUCUCGCAAUCAGAUUAAUCAGUAGUUGAAGAAUUUGAUGUACUCUCCUCACAUACUUCAAUAAUAAAUGAUUCGACAAAGUCCUCCAUUAAUUCAUCCUUUUGCCAGUAAUAUUCCUCUAAUGCUAAGACAUGUUUAUUAUGCUAGUGCUCGCCAUUUCUUUUUCAUCAAAUUAAAUAGCUAUUUGCGCAAACAAAAAGACUUAUAAGUGUAAGACUAUUUAUAUUAGAAAUCACACGUAAUUAACGCUGCUAUCGCAAAAUUAAAAACAACGAGUCGGUAAGCAUACUCUCACGUUAAGGUCAACACUAGUACUGGGAGAGAGCGGGAUAUGAAGCGACGGCCGGGCGCGGUGCACGCCCGCCCGCUUCCUCAGCCCCCGAAUCCUCGGAGCUCGCGCGCGGAAUAUAAGUGCAAUAUUGAUUAUCGCACUAACUCUAAUUUAAUACGUAAUUAAAUUCAGAGGCCUUGAAGUCUACUGACGUUAGAGCGGGUUGCCAUACGUAACGAGUUUACGAAGUGUUAACUAUUGAUACUCAGCUAAAGGACUGGAUUUAAACUUAAUAUCGCUCCUGGGCACCGGAAAAAAUCCGCAUCCAGUGUAAAAUAAAAAUAACUCAUUUAUUAGAGAAAAUUUAUUAUAAUAUUAUGUUAUAUAUUCCAAAAUCUGAAUUUUUCUAUCAAUUAUAAAUUAAGCACUAAUGGCUCAUAAUUAUAUUACAUAAAAAAAACACUAAUAAAAUUUCUUUAAUUCCAGAAAAUAGGAAAAUCAACUGUUAUUUUAAAUCUCCAAGGAAUUAAAUUGAUUAUUAAUUUUUACCAAAAGUGCCAAGAUUAUUCACGAAAAUAAUGAAUGAAUUCAAUUUCUUGUAUUCGCAAUUAAACAGAAAGUUAUUUAUUAAUAAAAUUAAUUAAUAAUAUUGAGCAAUGUUGAAAAGACUAAAAAAAAAAUUUUCCAUUCAAAUUUUUUUUGUAUAUUUGCCACCCUGGGCACUUGCCCCGACUGCCCUUAGUGUAAAUUCACCACUGCUCUGCUAAUAAAAUUAAAAUUAAAUAAAAAGCAAUUCCAUAUGUGAACAUAGAAUGAUUGGAGAUAUUAUUAAAAUUGCCAUUUAACUAUGAUCAAUGAAGAAAUGAUUGACUUCCACGGUGAAGGAAUAACGAAUCGUGUAAUAAAAAUCAAACCCGCAAAAUUAUAAUUUGCGUAAUUACUAGUGAUAGGACCUCUUGUGAGUGAGAAUAAAACUUAUCAUAAAUCUUUUGUUUCAAAAAUUAAACCAUUACUGUAAUGAUUUUUUUUAUUUGUAAAUUUAUUAACAACUGAAUACAUAAAUUAUAUUGAAUUUUGACAGGUAAUUAUGAAAAUAAAUAUAAGUUUACGGUCAUUAACACGAUUAUACAUUACUUUAUUACGAUUUUAUUCAAUGAAAAUAUUUUAAUGAUAAUUUUUUUCAUUGAACGAUUUAUAUAUUUUUAUCCUAUCUUAUCGUGAGAGCCUUGAGGCUAUAUCAGCGUAACCUUAACUAGUAGGUGAGUUCACGGGGCUCAAACCUGACGACGUUGCUAACACGAACACUAGCAAGAGCCGUGCUUCGCAGAAUCUACCACCGGAUCGGAAACGCGACCCACUGAGAAGAUUCGGCAGGAAACUCAGUGGGCUGUGUCUGAGGGUUAAUUUACUCGUCGAGCCCAUCGUCGCAAGCGACGGGACGAUCACCGGGAUUGAAAGAGAUCACGGCCCGCUGUCUAUGGACUAUUCAACCCAUAGGCAUCAACAACGUAAAUGCUGCACCCCGAGACAAGUCUAAUUUCUAUAGUACAACGGCUGCCCUGCCCUUCAGACCGAAGUGUAUUACUGCUUCACCGUCGACAAUGAGAGGAUGGUGGUACUUCCCCUAGCGGGCUCACGAAACGCCCUAUAAUCUUUUUUUUAUUGCAUAGAUGGGUGGACGAUUUCACAGCCCACCUAGUAUUAAGCGGUUACCGGAGCCCAUAGAGAUCUACGACGUAAAUGCUGCCACCCACCUUGACCAUCACUUUUAAUGGUGGUAGGACCUCUGGUGAGCCCGCACGGGUAGGUACCACCGCCCUGCCUAUUUCUGCCGUGAAGCAGUAAUGCGUUUCGGUUUGAAGGGUGGAGCAGCCGUUGUAACUAUACUUGAGACCUUAGAACUUAUAUCUCAAGGUGGAUGGCGCAUUUACGUUUUAGAUGUCUAUGGGCUUUAGCAACCACUUCACAACAGGUGGGCUGUGAGCUCGUCCACCAAUCUAAGCAAAAUUAAAAAAAGGUAUGAGUUUUAAGGUCUCAGUAUAGUUAUCGCCAUGUUAUUCCUCUAUCGUUAGUCAUUCGUCAACAUGUGAGAUUCGAACAUUGUCAUUGUCGCGUCAUUCGAUACGCGUAUAUAAGGUGUCUUAACCUUUAGGCUACGACGGAGAAAGCGUUAAUAUAGCACGCAAUGUAACAUUUCAAACUAAGCAGGAACGCAUUACAUUACGGGUGUACGAAAUAAGAAAUGAAUUAAAAUAAUGUUGUCUAGGCAUAAACAGCUCCUUCUGUCAUGUUUAUAGAACUCAAUUUCAUUUGAACAACCGUUGACAUCAGAGCUAUAGUUUUCGAUUUCGACAAAGGUCUCUUUACGACCCUAUUUAUGUUCAUCCGUAAAAACUGUAGUGUAGCCAUUUUGUUUAUAUAUAUAAUUUACUAACUCCUUCGUAAAAGGCUUCGCCCGCCUAAAAGCUAACUUUCCCAAUUUAGAAUUUUAUUCAAAUUCAUUGAACGAAUUAUCAUUGAAUGCUUUGAUUGAUAAAUUUUGACGUUGAGAGGACGAUUUUUUUUUCUUGUGAUAAAAAAGUCGGUGUGGAAAUAUUUUUUCUUUCGGGAUAAAAAGUGGCCAUGAUCAUCAUCACUGUUAUGACAUAAAACUAUCGCUUUAAAAAGCGCAUUAAAUCUCGUUACGACGUGAAAAAAAGACGAAAUCAAAUAUUAUUUUCCGGUUUCCCGUGGGCAUUGAAUGUUUUUUCGGAAUAAAAAGUAGGCUAUGUAUGUCGCUUUCCUGACCUAAUACUGUAACUUUAAAAACCAAUAUUGAUUUGUUUUCGAAGUGAAAGAAUGACAAACACACUCACAUUUAUAAAAUAAACAUGGAUUGUUCAUUGUUUUUUUUUUAAAUAUAAUUUUAAUAUAAUUGUUCCCGAAUGCUCCAAGAAUAAGGCUCGAAAAUUGUAUCUUUUUUUCCUAUGGACAACUUAUGGCUAUCGUCUCGUGUACAUAUGCAUAUAUAUGUAUUUAUGCACGUGUUGAAUUAUGCAUAUAUAUGUAUUUAUGCACGUGUUGAAUUCCCUAAGACACAGCACUUAAAUAUAAUUUGUGUAUUGUUUUCAUGUUCAUACGGGUUGUAUAUCCACCACUUUAAUGUAUGACCUCCAUUAUUUGUGUUGUGAAACUUGUAUUGUAUUAUGUUCUCUUGUCGUCACGUAUUAAAGUAUCAAAUUGAACGUUUCAUGCAAACAUAUGCGAGCCAACGUGAUGCUUCUUAAAUUAUCUUUGGUAGAUUUUUUUUUUCUUUUUGUUAUUUUUCUUUGUAAGAUACAAGCUACAAUAUGAUCGUCACCUAAAUUAAAAUAUUUGUUGUAAGCGUUAAAUGUUGUGAUAGAAUUAAAACGAAUACAAUAAGUAAACAAUACCGUUUUAGUUACACUAUUUAUUAUUUGUAAUUAAUUUAUUUUUUCAUUAAUUUAUUUGUAAAAUUUCACAAAAAUAAACAUAUGAUGUUACAACAGA